AUGUCAACUCAUAUUAGCAAGUUAUGUGGUGUUGCCUUUUACCAUUUGCAUAAUAUCAAACGCAUUCGCAAGUAUUUGUCUCGAGAAUCAACGGAAAUGCUUGUCCAUGCAUUUAUUACAUCUCUUGUUGAUUAUUGUAACAGUCUUUUGUAUGGGCUGCCCAACUACCAGCUUAACAAAUUGUCGAGAGUUUUGAAUGCCUCAGCCAGGCUAGUUUGUAAUGCCCCUAGGUUUUGCCACAUCUCACCCCUUCUUCGUGGUCUGCAUUGGCUUCCUGUUAAAGCUCGGAUAGAAUUUAAGAUACUUCUUAUUACGUUCAAAGCAAUUCACCGCCUUGCUCCUAAAUAUCCAUGCGAUUUACUAACAUUUAAAUCGUCCUCAUAUAACCUUAGAUCUUCAGAUAGUAUU